GCUAUUUAAAAGAGGGACGUUUUUGUACAAUGACAACCAUUCCAUUACGUUCGACAAUACAAACAUAUAAAAUAUAUAAAUAUUUGUAUAAAACCAACAGAAAAAGUAAUAGUCAUUCGUACAUGAAUUCGUUCUCGAUGACACGGUAAUCCAUGUCAGACAUUAAGCUAGAAGUAAGUUAUGAGGCAGAGCAAAAUGUGAAUUGUUUCAUCAAUCAUCUAUUUCCAAUAUAUAAUCUUCACAUUGUUCUUUUUUUUUUCUUUCAAAAAAUAUAAUGUUUGGUGUCGAUUCAUCCCGGCAGUGUAUUUUUAUUACUUGAGGUAUAUUCUACCUAUGAUGAAAACAAUCAUUUUCGUCCAGUAUUAUUUGUAUGUUUUCUAACCAUCCGCAUUUCCUUCGUAUCUCCAUUUCUGCAGCAAGAAGAGACGCAUAGUUUCAGGCACCGAUGCUCGGUUCUGUUUACCACUUAUUUGAUGUUCAUACCUGUGGGUUGAAUGAAAGAGUCGAUCCUACGCCAAUUCUUAAGGGUGUCGUUUCUGAGAAUAAAAUUCUGAAGAGUCAUUCCUUACACCAGUUACGGAGAGGAACUCGUCAUUUUUGUCUCUUGAUGCUGUUGUCUAUUUUCAAGUCUGAAACUCUCGAACCUAUUCACGAAAGUGGUUCCAAAGGCUCCAUUUGGAAUGAUGCUUAUAAUCAAGAGCAGCUAGAUCCUCUCAUGAUUGAUGCUGUCAGAAGACCGAUUUUGUUCUACUUUUAUGUCAUAAAAAGAGCAUCUGAUGUAUCAGCUUAGUUCAUUCGGGAUAUCCUUUUCUUUUGUCAUCGUCGCCGCUUCCUGGAACGAAGAAAACCUGCAUAUCAUUUCCUUCAUCUAAAUCUAUUUGUUUCUUUUCUUUUCAUGUUUCCAAACACUGCAAACGGAUCCGCAUACAUAAUUUUGGUCAAAGCCAUUUGAAAAAGAC